AUGGCACUUUCGAAUUUGGAGGCUUUCCUAGAGAUCGAAAGCUCCCCACAUGUCUCUACUCCACCACCCGCAGUACAGAAGAGCAAUCAAGGCAUUGCACAGCAUCCGUCAGAAUACGAACUCAGCGAAAUCUCGCCGCAAAAGUCAUCUCAGUUGCCUUCCGGUACGGUGGCACAACCGCCUACGGGUUCAUCACCGCCCACGCCUAGCGUACUGGAGAACCACUCACCAGAGGCCAGUGAAGACGAUGCCGCAGAAUGGGCUCCAGACCGCACGUCGGCCUCAUGGAAAACCAAAUGGCGGCUAUUGAGCUGCUGCCUGAUGAAUUUCGGUAGUGGCAUGAACGAUAGUGCCCCCGGUGCCUUGAUCCCAUACAUCGAGAAGCAUUAUAGCAUUGGGUAUGCGGUGGUCUCGCUUAUCUUCGUCGCCAAUGCCUUGGGAUUCAUUUCUGCGGCACCUGUCACUCAUACUAUUGAGAACAAGUUUGGUCGCUCGAAGAGCUAUGCCUUCGCCAUGUCUGUUUUGGCUAUCAGCUAUAUCGUGAUCAUCUGCCAGCCCCCGUUCCCUGUUGUCGUGGUCUGCUUCUUCCCACUCGGCUUUGGCAUUGCGCUUAGCCUGGCUCUUAGCAACUUCUAUUGUGCCAACUUGGCCAAUUCCACCACGGCCCUGAGCUGUUUCCAUGGCAGCUAUGGUCUAGGUGGCACAGUGGCCCCGUUGUUUGCAACCGCCAUGGUUUCACAUGGGAUCCGUUGGUCGUUCUUUUACGCAGUCUCGUUGGCAUUUUCUCUCAUUAACCUGGGUUACACCACGUGGGCAUUCUUCAACUAUGAGAAUGAAACGCCGGUAGAGCCGCAAAGAGCGCUGCAGCCUACUGCUUCCCGUCCCGAGGGUGCUGGUGAAACCCGAACCCGAGCGCAGCUCUUUAAGAAAGCCAUCCGGAACCGCACCACGCUCCUUGGUGCCUUGUUCAUCUUCGCCUACCAGGGUGCAGAGGUCUCCGUAUCUGGCUGGAUCGUUUCUUUCCUAAUCAGUUAUCGACAUGGGGACCCUUCCCGGGUCGGAUACGUCAGUGCAGGUUUCUGGGCUGGCAUCACCGUCGGCCGAUUCCUGUUGACACACCCCGCAGCCAAGGUAGGACAUAGGAUCGCCGUGGUUGCAAUGAUAGCGGGUGCCGUCGCUUUCCAGUUGUUGACCUGGUUAGUUCCAAAUGUCAUUGGAGAAGCAGUGUCAGUGGCCAUCUUGGGUCUUUUGUUGGGUCCGGUUUACCCAUCUGCCACAGCCGUCUUCACCAAAUUGCUGCCACGCAGCAUGCAUAUUUCCAGUCUGAGUUUCAUCAGUGCCCUUGGGAGCAGUGGAGGUGCGUUCUCGCCUUUUGUGACUGGUAUUUUGGCACAGAACGUGGGAACAAUGGUGCUGCAUCCAAUCUGUAUUGGGUUGUAUGGAGUGAUGGCGACUAGUUGGUUAUUGCUGCCGAAGAUCUCGAAGAGAUCGGAAUAA